UGAAUUAAGACGCAACCGUAUAAUGUAUAGCUGUGCCGUUCGAUCAUCACAAGAAGCAGAAAAAUUUGCCCGUCAUUACAUUGCGCUGUUUUAUUCCCAGUUCAUUUUGUUCAACAUUAACAACAUAGUUGAUCUCUUAGGACAAAAAAGGGAAACUAGUUUAGCUUUCAUCUUAUUUAUGGCACUGGAUAUAAUCACUGCCGGUUAUUUAACAUUGAAUCUGGUUGCUGUCAACAAAGUUUCCACUGAAGGAAUGGAGGAUUUGUACGAGAUUUCAUACGAUUUAAAGUCUUACAAUCUUCAAAAUGAGAAUAACCUUUUUCUCAACCGAAUGCUCUGGCACAAUGUUGGUUUCACUGUUUCUAAUUUGUUUCUCAUCAAUCCUAACUUCAUUACUGCACUUCUAAGCUUUGCAUUAACAAUUGCUCUUACAAUGGCAAACUACUUGUACAAAUAA